AUGGGGGAUCCGACGGCGGACUCAACGGCAGCAAACGCCGAAACUCUGAAGCAGGAGUUAAAGAAGUUACUGACGGAGAUUUUAUCCAACGGCGGAGAAAUGAAAGAUCGCGUUGAGACUGACGCAAGUUCCGGAGCCUUGAAAGCAAUCGACGAGGCGAUUAGAAUCCUCAAUCGCCUGAGAGAAGUUGAAUUGAAGACGCCGGAAUCUGAUAUUCCCUCGUCUCCUCCAUCGCCGAAGGUGAAAGUUCCGAAAGAGUUUAUAUGUACGCUUUCGAAUCAGAUCAUGAUCGAACCUGUCGUCAUAGCUUCUGGGCAGACCUAUGAAAAAAGAUGUAUCACACCGAUGCUGAUGAAUGAAAGUAAAUGUCCCAAAACCAAAAAAGACCUCUCCAACACUUUGUGGACGCCGAACCAUUUGGCUGAUGAGAUGAUUACGCAAUGGUGUCAAGCCAACGAUUUUGAUCGGCCAAAACCAUCUGAUGAAACAGUCGCUGAGAAUCCUGAGAUGUGCAAAGAUGGAAUAGAGUCAUUGCUUGAGCGGAUCUCCUCUCCCUCCUCCUCACUUCAAGAUCAGACAGAAGCUGCGAAAAGUCUCCGCUACAUGACCAAGAAAUAUCUAAAUGAUCGGGUUUCGUUUGUCGCUGGAUUCCCUAAUUCGAUCACACGAUUGCUCACUCCUCUCUCUGCUUUGGCUGACUCGAAUUCCGAGCUUCAGGAGCAUCUCGUGACGACGUUGUUCAACAUCUCAGUCGUUGACAAGACCAGAACAGUAAUUGCUGAAAACCCUCUUGUGAUCCCACUGCUCACGAAGUCUCUGAAGCAGGGCACGGUUGAGACACGAAGAAACUCUGCAUCGGCUUUAUUGUCACUCUCGGCCAUUGAUUCCAACAAGAUCAUCCUGGGGAAGCCGGAAGUAAUCAAGGCUCUGAUAGAUGUUAUUGAAGAGGGUGAUUUUUUAGUCAGCAGAGAGGCCGCUAACACAGCUUACAACAUCUGUACAGUGUCACCAGAGAAUUUGAUUCGGGAGCUAAUGAUGAGGAUCAAUGGAGGAAGCAAUGCGGAUGUGUUGUUAAGCGUCUUGGCAAUGAUCUCUGCGCAGGAGUGUGCGGUCAAAAUGAUGUUGUGUCUAGGGUUUAUCCGUGAUCUGUUCACCAUCUUGAGGAAAUCGAGGUGCUCGAAAACUUGCGAACAUGCUUUAGUGGUCGUCUACAACAUGUGCAUGCGUGACAAAGUAGCGACUAGGAUGAAAGUCGUCAACGAUGAGGAGAACCAGUACGGGACAUUUACGAAGCUUGCAAAGCAAGGAUCAGAUGGUGGAGUGAAAAUAGCAAAAUCGAUUUUACGGUGGCUCAAGAUAUACGGUACUGGUAAACAUCCUCAGACGGAAUGA